CGCGGCGGCGGCGACGGCGGCGGGAGGUUCGGUUGUCGCCCGUUAGCCGCGCGGCGCCGCGCUCGGCGGCCGCCAUUGCAGUUUGUUUUCAUUUGCUUUUAAAAGACAGAAAGCUCAUGGUACAAAUUAUUAUCUCCAGUGCUAGGACUGGAGGCCUGGCAGAAUGGGUGCUGAUGGAACUCCAGGGGGAGAUCGAGGCUCGCUACAGCACCGGAUUAGCUGGAAACCUCCUGGGAGACCUACAUUACACCACUGAGGGGGUUCCUGUGCUGAUCGUGGGACAUCAUAUUCUGUAUGGGAAAAUCAUCCACCUGGAGAAACCGUUUGCUGUUCUUGUCAAACACACACCUGGCGAGCAGGACGCUGAUGAACUUGACUGUAAGACUGGCACCCGUUACCUGGUGACUGCACUCAUCAAAAACAAGAUUCUUUUCAAAACUCGCCCCAAGCCCAUUAUCACCAGCGUCCCCAAGAAAGUAUGAAAGAACCUCGGAUUUUCCCUAGAGACCGGCCAACUCCUUGGACACGUGCUCCGCUGCCACCCCGAGAGCAGCUCAACAGUUCCCUGGGACCACAAGGGGGUCCCAUUCUGAACACAGGCAACCCACUGUGUGUGAACUCAGAUCCCUUUCUUAUGGCAGCUGGUUCUCUUGGUGGAAAUCUGGCCCCAUUUCCAAGGAACCCAUCUCCUUUCCCAACACCAUCAGGCUCAUUGGCUUCAAACCCAGCGCCUUUCCCUGUUGGUGCUCGUGACCCAGGUAUGGCUUCUUUUCCAAGAGGGAUGAAUCCCACUGGCACAGGCGCCAUUUCCUUCCCAAGGCCAAGCGGCCUUUUAGGCCCGGGCCCGGGCCCUGGCCCUGGCUCAGCUCUAAAUGCUAGAGCAGGGGCUCUUCCAGGCCCAGGACCUCUGUCUAACCCAAGACUAGGAGGUCUCCCAAGUACGGGUCCUAUGUCUAACCCAAGGACAGGUGGUCUUCUGGGAGCAGGUCCUGACCCCAGAAGUGGUGGCCCCAUAGGCCCUGGAUCUGGGCCCAAUUUAAGAGCAGGUGUUCUUCUGGCCUCUGGGAAUGGUCCUCCCAAUCCUAGGCCAGUUGGCCUGGGCCCAGGACCAACUCCCAAUUUGAGAUCAGGCUUUAUAGGUACAAAUCCUGCCCCCAGGUCAGGCAUGCUUCAAGGCCCAGGCCUUGGACCCAACCCAAGAGCAAGUGGCCUAGGCCCAGGCCCUAACCUGGACACCAGAGCAGGUAGUGGUCUCUUGGGUACAGGAUCUGGUCUUAAUCUAAGAAUGGCUGGGCCUCAAGGCCUAGAUCUUGCCCCCAUUCUAAGAGCAACAGGUCUUUUAGGAGCAAAUUCAGCUGCUCUCUCACAGGCUUCUGGAAACAUAGGCACAAACCCAUCUUCUGUGACAAGAGUACCU